UUUAUCUUUUGAAUGAUGAACACGUAUCUUAUUUAUAGUCUGUAUACGGUACGUAUUCUUUUAUGCAAAUUCGAGACACCAGUGAUAGUCACAGAUGUGAAGUGCAUUGUGCCUGAAAGAAAUUAGUCGAGCUCAACUUGUUGACGAUAGUGCAGUUUUUUUUUAUUGAUGGUAUCAUUACGUGUCGUUAAGUGUUUUUUAUACAUACUCAAACCGAUGUGUUGAAUUAGCAAUGAUAGCGUGAUCAUUUGCCGAGACACCACCCACUCAUUAUGUGUUCAAGAUCAUUUCUAGUUGCUUCUCUUCUGGCAACUACGGCUGCAAUAAUAACUUCUACGAUCGCUGACAAUGGCGAAGAAUUCGCUUUCGAUGUUGUAGAAGAUUUGGAAGUGGAAUUUGAGGGAGAAAAAUUGGUGAAAUGGCACGAAAAGGAUUUGGUAGCUCCAGUUGGAAGAGCCUUCCAUUUGGUCGUACCUAAAGAACAUUUUAAAGGAGAAGUAACAAGUUUUGAGGCAAAGAGACGCACAGGAAAAGCUCUUCCCUCCUGGCUGCUUUUUGAUAAAAGGGGUGGAGUAUUUUGGGGUGUACCGCUUACUCAAGAUAUCGGAAUAGUAACACUUACUGUGAAAGCAUUAGGAAAAUUCAACAGCACAGAAGAUAUCUCAAUUAAAGUAAUUGAAUCUACAGAAGAAUCCACAGUAAUUGAGAAAUGUAAAUCGACUGAAGAAAAUACGAUUCUCACUUUAUUGAUAGAUAAAAAUAUUAAGGCAAUCAAACCGAAACAAAGAGUUAUUGCCAUUAAUAACAUCGCCCAGUUUUUCGGAUUACCACAUCGUGCCUUUAUGUUGAAACCUCAAAUACAAAAAGAUGACAUCACAGAUAGUUCUGUAGUACUGGCUGGUCCGGGAAAUAUCCGAUCAAGAAAUUCCAAGGUAGCAUCUUUUCUACAAGUAGCAGUAGGGUGCGAUGGAAGACUGUGGCUCUCUACAACUUCGAUGGUGCAUCAACUGAAGCAACAAGCAAAAGAUGGAACCAUUACUGAAGUAUUAGGCUUACCUUUAAUAGGCUGGAGAGUUAAGACUGAAACUAAACCUGUUGUUAGAACUAAAAGAGAAUCUGAUAUUCUUUAUGGAGAUGAUGGUAGCGGAGACUAUAAUGAUGAAGAUGAAUAUUAUGAUGAUUACGAAGAUUCUUAUGAUAAUGAAGAACUUGGAGACGUUGAAAAAGUACCUCCGUCUGCAGCGACUCCAAUAACUCUACCAACUCCCAAAAAGACUACAACUUCAACAACAGCUGCUAGUACAACUAUAUCUUCCGAAAUUACUACUCAUCCUCAUAGGCAUCAUCAUGGUGAACCCAAUCCUAGCAUACCAAAUAUACACCAUCAAACAACCAAUAAAAACUUUAAUAUUGACGAAUUUGUUCCUGUAACAAUUCUUCCAUCUGAAACUGAAAUAUCUUCUUCUACCACUACAUCUACAACCAGUACGUCACAGAACUUUGGACAAUCUAAAUCCAAACCAGACGAUGUAUUGAACUAUGAAGAAAACUAUGAUUAUGGGGAAUAUGAUGAUGAGGACGAUGACCUCCCGGAUCCUAUUGAAAGUGCAACUGUUGUACCAGAGUUUCCCAAAAAGAAACAAAAAUUUGUUCCUGUAGUUGGAGAUACAGAAAGCACAACCACUGAAGAAAGCAGUAUCAAAACUCCAACUACUGUUAAGAUUGAACCAGAUCUAGUAACUGAAUCAAGUACUGUUCCUAGUACUACUACAACUAGUACAACUACUACCACUACUACUACACCUGUUCCUUCAACUGUUAUCAUUACAAGUACAACAAGUACUACUGAAGCUCCAACAACUUUCCAAAUCGUUGAAGAAGGAGAGCUAGAGAUUGAAUUUACAACAGAAACUGAAAGACCUCCAACAACAUCUGAGGUACUACCAACUUCUGAGGAAACCACUGUUCCAACAACGACGUACCAAGCUAUUUAUAAUAUUCCGAAGAAGAGUGUAGAAACUACAUCUACUUUUACAACUUCCACAGUAACAACAGUAGCAGUAACAUCAUCAACUGUAAAAGGGGAAGAAUCCACUACACCAUUUGUAGAAACUACAACACGUCGAGAGUCUUCAACUACACAAAAAUUACCAACUACAAUUAGAGAAGUUACGGAAAUUGAGUACCACGAAAACUUUGAUCCUUUUGUAGAAAAUCGUCUUCAGCCUAUGUCGGUUAUUGCUGGAAAAAUAUUCAGAUUCGUGUUGCCACUACAUACGUUCAAAGAUUUUGAAGACGAAUACGAUUUGACAUAUCAGUUGCUAGAUUCUAAUAAUAAUACAAUCACCAAUAACAGUUGGUUGAAUUUUAACCCCACUAGAAGAGAAUUUUAUGGAUUACCAUUGGAAGUUUCCAAGUGGUUCUUCUGGAUCAAAGCGACCGAUAAAGAUGGUGGAUCCGCUCAAGAAAUGUUAAUCAUUCACGUUCAACAACAUAAAUUGGAACUUGUAGUUAAUCACGAAUUUAGUUUAAUAAUAGGUAUUGAACGACAUCAAGAAUUCCAACAUUAUGUUGACUGGUCUCUGAAGGUACUGAGAGCAUUAGGAAAAAUUUAUAAUACAAAUAUGACGGAAAUAACAGUCAGAAGGAUUAAUUAUACAAGUGAACCAGUGGUAUUUACUUGGUCCAAUGAUUCUAUUGCAACCAAUUACUGUCCGAGAAGUGAAAUUGUAUCACUUUAUCAGGUAUUAACAGCAAAUAAAGUUGGAGAUCCUUCAAGGGAACUAAGCAUUGCUUUAUCUCCCGGACUGCGCGUUAAGAAAGUUAUAUAUAAAGAGUUAGGAUUAUGUGAACAACCCCUUAUUCCUGUUACACCUCCAACAAACUUUUCACCAAUUUUGAGGAAUCCUGUUGAUAAGGUGAAUGCUACAGUUGGAGAACUGCUUGUUUUCAAAGUUAAAGACGACACAUUCUAUGAUCCUGAAGAUGUGGAUUCGAGAAUGUUGAACAUAUCCCUUCUAACCGGCGAGAGACAACCCAUUCCACCGGACAAUUGGCUUCAAUUUGACAGUAAAAACAGAGAAUUUUUCGGUAUUCCUAGAAAAGCGGGUAGAAGUGAAUAUCAGUUAGUCUGUGUCGAUAGUGGUGGCCUUCCUGCUACUGAUAGUUUAGAGGUUGUGGUGUAUCCUCCUCUGAAGAAACCAUAUAAUGUUGAAUUUAGUAUGAAUAUUACGGAAAUUCCGUAUGAAAUCUUCAUAAACAGUGCUUCUCUUCAAAAGAAAUUCGUCGAAAAAUUAACGAAAUUAUUCGAAGAAACCAGUGCAAAUAAUUUCUAUUUUCUUCCAUUCAAACGGUCUUAUGAUUCCACCAUAGUUACAUGGUUCAAUAAAACUUUGCCAGUAAAUCGGUGCCCACAAGAGGAAAUCAAACGCUUGGAAUCUGUCUUACAUAAUAUGAAUGAUAGAUCAAUUGCACAUAAGGUCCAUUCGAUUAUGGAACCAGAAUUUAGAGUAUCAACUAUUAAAGUACAUCUAACUGGCAACUGUAAACAGAGGGUAAGGGAACAGGAACCAAAAUCAGAAAUUAGUAUCCCGGUUGAAGAAACUACACUUCCACCUAGCAGUGACGAUUAUCUCAUCACUUUCAUUGUCCCGGCAGUUAUAGUUUUUAUAAUGUUAUUUUUGGCAGCAGUAGCAGCUAUUGUUUUAUACAGAAGAAGACGUAUGGGAAAGAUGAAUGUGGAAGAAGAUGGAAGACAAACUUAUGGGAAUAAAGGUAUCCCAGUUAUCUUUCAAGAGGAGCUUGAAGAAAAACCUGAACCAGGUACAAAAGCACCGGUGAUUCUCAAAGACGAAAAACCACCAUUAGCGCCUCCAGAAUAUAGUAAAAGCGGUUCCGUUAAAUUAACAGAUGAUUCGGAACCAUAUCAACCACCGCCACCUUUCACGCGUACACAGGAUAACGGUAGACAAUCCCGACCAAAACCCACCCCUACAUAUAGGAAACCUCCUCCUUACGUGCCUCCUUAACAAUUACAUUUCACGUUUUUCCAGCAAUAAAUUUGUUUGUCAAGCUGCUAAUACUGCUAUUGGUCAAUAAAACUAUUAGCUACAUGAAUUUUUACGGCUCGGCAACUUAAUAAUAUUGAUAUUUUGGACACUAUUCCACAAUAUACAUCACAAAAUUUACACUGAAUAAUUGAAUACUUUAUAGAUGAAUAACUUUUUUAGAUCAUCAGAACUUAUCUAUGAUAUACUCAAUCCUGUUACUCAAAAUGUUACUUGAUAUUAUUUUUUAUUUUUUCCACCCCUCCUUCAUAUAUAAGCUGUUGUAGUUUUGAAAAUUUAUUAAUUAUCAUUUGGUAUAUUUUUUUAAAAUCAUAUAAAUCUUAGUGAAAAUUUGAAUAACAUGAUUUAUAUAUAACGAUGUGAUUUGAAAAUUAGACAAAACAUUAAUUGUUAAUUAUAUAUAAAUGAUUUUUAAUCCCUGAUUGAAUAUAUGUAUAUUGUGAAAUGCCUUUUUAUUGUCCAUUUUUUGGGUAGCCAUCUCGAUGCCAAAUUAUUAUUACCACACCCACAGGAUAUUUUAAUCUAUUUUAUAUUUCUUUUAUAUAUUAAAUUAUUAACUAGUUGCACAAAUGAUCUUUUUUUAUUGAUUUUAUAUUUUUUAUAUUAGAAAACAAUAAUAUAUUAUCAUUAAAUUUGAAAAAUGACCUUAUAAGGUAUAAAAGUCAACAAAGAAACUCAUUCUACAAUAAUAUCUAUAUCUUCUACUUCUCUUUUAAAAGUUUUAGUACCUUCUACUGAAGUUGUCUAUUUUGGUACUGGAAUACCAAAAUGUCUUGGAAAUUUCGAAAUUUAUUUCUAUGGAUUAUGAAGUAAACAAAAUCUAUUCCUUAGCAAUUUAAUACUCAACCAAUACAAUAUUUAUAGAUUUUGAAAUAACCCACACUUGUGUUACCAUCAUGGAUCUUCACGCACCAGAUUCGGAUUCCCAAUCCUCCUCCAGCUAUUUUUUCAUAAUUUUCUGUUCCUGGAAAAUACUCUUAUUCCAUAUAUAGUUUUCCCUUUAUUCCUUCUUAUCUUCUCCAUCUCAUCAAACCAUUGUAUUUGUGCUCUUAAUAUACUGCUAGUGGACGAUCCGGUGUUAAAGAUCUCUAAGGAAAAUUCACUCAAAAAUAUGCUUGAAAUUAAUUAAUAAGAUGCCAAAUUAGCUUUGAAUAUAAUAAAAGACUGGUAACAAAUUUAGAUUUACUCACCUCAGAUGUUAUCCAGUUCAUUAAAACUUCACACUUUGUCACAUAAAACAUAAUUUGAAACCCGUAGGAAAACCGUGGAAAAUGAAAUCUUACACUACUGAACACUGUUGAGAAAUAUAUUCAUUAAUUUUAAUUUGAAAGUGCUCCUACUCGUUCGAAGAUCGGAAGUAAAGUUCUAUCGAUUUUGGAGUUGUUGUUUUGGUUGUCUACCUCGCAGUAAAAUAACCAAAUGGUCAACUCCUAAAGUCGAGUACAAGAUUUUCUACAUUUAACUGCUGCAACCGACUAAAAUAGGCCAAUAAAUGUAUUCUAAUGGAUUUCUUUACAAAGUCAACCCUUUAAUAGACUAAAAGUAGAAAUUGGUUUUAAUACAACAAUUUCUUUAUACUUAAUGUGAUUCAUAAUAUUUUUGAAUCGAAUUUAUACUAAAUAAAAUUAUUUACAAGAAAUAUGAAAUGUCAAUAAAAACAAUGAUAAAAACCUAAACUCAACAAUUCUGAAGAGAGGGGUAGAAAUACUCAGCAAAGGAGUUUAGGUAGGGGAGGCCAGUACACAGGGCACAGUUUAUUCCCCUUGUGAAGCAGUAAAAAGGUUAACUAGAAAUCCUAUACCUAGAACUAGAAGGAUAAAAGUUUCUAUUUGUACUAAUAGGAUGAUCUAGUACGGAAAUCCACGGCCAAAUUACUUCUGUUUUGUAUUUUUCUAAUAAGAGUAUUUUCCUAGACAACGAAAAGGCUCUGGGCUAAGUACUCUUUUUCUAUGUCACAAACUAAAGAUAAUUUUUUUAUUUUUAUCUAUUUUGUAGAGCUUUCAGCUUCGAGUGAUGAUAUAAUACCUUAGUGCUUUGAUAACUGCUUGAAUGAAUCUUCAUGUCACAUUUUCGGUAGACUCUAUUCUGAUUCAGAUACUAAAUAAUAUUGAAUAAACAAUAUUAGGUUUGAAUUUAAUCUUUGUUGAUGUUUUUUAUCUUAUAAUUUGUAAGAAUUUGUGCAACCCUAAAAGACAUGAUGUAGUGAUAAUUAUGCUAAUGACAAUUUUUUUUAUUGAAACUUUUUUACAACAAAACUCAACUCACCACUCUAACUACUAUUUCACUGUGAUAAUCAUUGCUACUAUUUAUUAAAUGAUAUGUAAUUUUUUUACUUUUUUUUCUUGUGGGUGAGUAUUUUAUUUAGGAUAAGCCGAUAAAAUUUAAAACGCGAUACUUGCAAAUCUGUUUGACAUAAAUAUUCGCGUAACGGAUUUUGAUAUUUUUAUUUUUAAUAUGUAAUUGUAUUUGAAUGGUCAUUUCACAAGUUAAUUCUAUUCUUUUUAUAAUUUAUUAUGUGAAUAUAAUCAUGUAUUUAGCAAUAUUUCUUCCGAGAUCAAGUAAUAAUUAAUUGAACUUACGGUACAAUUUUUUCGGAUACAAACAUGAAACCAAGAAAUUAUUUAAAAAUAUCUUAAGAAGUCACUUGAAAAUGAAAAUUAGACAUAAAUGUAAACCUGCUAUACUUGUAAAUGCUGGUGAUUGAACUGGAAAGUUAUUGAACAGAAAAGUUAUUCAGUAUUUCGUAUUGAUUUCAUUUCCUUCUAAACGAAUUUUCAAUUAAAGAAGAUCUAAAAUCUAAACAAAUCAUCUUGAAAUAUAUAUAAAGAGGUCUAAGAAGUGAAAAGUCGACAAAAGCUUUCAGUAUUUGACAUCUGGUGAGGAAUCUUCGGUUUCUGAAGCAAAUAUGUGAGCUGUCAAACAAAUAUUGAAGCUUUAGAAAAUAUAUUAACUAUAAAUAAUUGGAUGAUGGUUACUUAGUCAGAUGAGACGAAAAUUAAUAGAAAUAUCACGGUCAGUAGAUAAUAGAACUAUGAAAAAGAAGAUGAAGCACUCUUAGUGGUAGUAAUAUCAAAUUGUAGUUGUCUGACAGCUUAUGACAUUAAGCCAAUUUCCAAACUCUUAGGGGUGUUGAACAAUAUCUUGUAAAUGAAGUGGUAUCAUCAAGAAAUCGUCCAUCAAUAGUUGUUGAAAACUGGCUACAUAAGAAAAAAUUUCCAGUUCUGUGAAGGCCAUUUAAGAUAUUGAUCUAAAAGAAAAUUAAUGGAUCUACUUUGAAUAACAUGCACUUAAAUGAAUAUAAAGCACCACUAAAUUUAAAAUAUUACUUUUCAUAGAAAUGUGAGGAUCUGACAAGGUUACAGGAAAAUCACAGAAAACCUACAACACCAAUAUAUAUUUAAUCUUUUAUUGAUUUAAUAUAUUUGAUCUCAUGGUUCACACAUUGAAUCACAAAAGAAAUAAUCGAAAAACAAUUUUGACAAGUCCAUUUAAGUAAUUUAAAAUUAACGUGAUAUCACAUAACAACAAUUUUCAUUAUUUUCAUAAAUAUCUAAAUAUCUACACAAACGCAACAAUUAAAGCAGCUGUUGAUAACAAAAUAACAUCUUUUCACUAUAUACGCAAGAUGCAAUAAUUAAAGCAGAUGCAGAUAACAAAAUAACAUCUUCCUCAGACAUCUAGGCAGAUGCAACAAUGAAAGCAGUUGCAGAUAACAAAAUAACAUUUUCCUCAGUCAUUUACGCAGAUGAAAUAGUUACAGCAGUUGCAGAUAACAAAAUAACCUCUUUUCCAGUCAUCUACACAAACGCAACAAUUAAAGCAGCUGUUGAUAACAAAAUAACAUCUUUUCACUAUAUACGCAAGAUGCAAUAAUUAAAGCAGAUGUAGAUUAUAAAAUAACCUCUUCGUAACUCAUCUACAAAAGAUGUAUCAAUUACAGCAGCUGUAGCUAACAAAAUAAAAUCUUCUCACUAAUAUAAGCAAAAUACAAUAAUUAAAGCGGAUGCAGAUAACAAAAUAAUAUCUUCCUCAGACAUCUAGGCAGAUGCACAAUGAAAGCAGUUGCAGAUAACAAAAAAACAUCUUCCUCAGUAAUCUAGGCAGAUACAACAAUGAAAGAAGUUGCACAUAACAAAAUAAAAUCUUCCUCACUCAUCUAGGCAGAUGCAACAAUGAAAGCAGUUGCAGAUAACAAAAUAACAUUUUCCUCAUUCAUUUACGCAGAUGAAAUAGUUACAGAAGUUGCAGAUAACGAAAUAACCUCUUUCCCAGUCAUCUACUCAAAUGCAACAAUUAAAGAAUUUGCAGAAAAUAAAAUAACAUCUUCCUCAGUCAUAUACGCAGAUGAAAUAGUUACAGCAGCUGUAGAUAACAAAUUCAACAUCUUCCUUACUCAUAUUGCCAUAUGUGACUUUACAAAAAUGUACCCUAUUCGGCUUUUUCACUAAAUAUGGACGAUUACUAUAGUAGUUUGAUAGUUUUUUUACAUUCUCGUUAGCUCGUGAAUUGACCAUUUAGCUUUUUAAUUGUAAGGAAUUGUUAUUAAGGAUUGUGCUAAACCUAUGAUGGUCUUGAUAUCUGAUCUGUAAAUAUUAAAAAAAAAAACGUGUACAUAAAGUUAUACAAAUAAACAGUUUUAGUUCUAAGAAAGAAAAAUGACUAAUUGGCAUAUUUAUAAAGAUAAAGGUGAAGAUAUAAAGAUUAGAUUAGAUUAGAAGUUUUUCGACGAUCUACGCAUUUUCAUUGGUCGUUAAAAAAAUAUAGUGUAUAACUGCAGAAAUUUUAUAUUGUAUGACAAUAUGAGUUACAGGUUCAUUAUCUUAUUAAAUAUUUGUAUAAAUACAACAAACGUUUGAAACACAACAAACAUGUCAGUAUAUUUAAAAAAAAAAAUAACGAGAAUGAAUUAAGAGCCUUAAUUGAUCAAUAAAUCAUUCAAGAACUAAUGGAUCCAGUUGAAUCGAUUAAAAAUAGAAUUUGUUAAAUAGAAUUAUCACAAUCAUACAUAUCCAUUGUAUUUACAUAUCAAGGUAAAUAAUUUGUGUAAGAUUCAGUUUUUUGAACUAUUACAGUGUUGCCUAUCCCACAAAAAAGUUAUGUAACUAACUAAAAAUUAUGGAAUUUAUGGUACAACAUAAAAUAAUAUUGAUAGUGAUAUAAUUGGAUUUGAAUUUCUUAUUUUCGUUAUCGAGGUAAAAACAGAGUAAUCAAAGUAUUUGUUUGUUAUACGUUGAUUUUUCUCGAAUUAUAUCUUUUCGAUAAAUAGAAGACUUACUUGUUUAGCUGAAGUUGUGAUUACCUCUAAGUUUGAUCUACGAUGAUUCCUGUUGUGUAAUCCGACUCGAAGGAUCAUAAAAUGAUUUUCCGGUUAUUGCCAUGGUGUGAUAUUAUUAUUGAUUGAGUUAUGGGUACAAUUGAAUGAACGUGUUAACUUUUUAUUUUACUUCUGAAAAUACUUUUGUGUUAUUAUCAAAAACAGCCUUUUUCACAUAUAUUAAACGAUACAGUAUAUAGAAAAAUAUUCCGUAGCAUUAGGUGUUAUUUGAAAUUAUUUAAAAUAAAUUUAACACUUUUCAUUAACGAAACAAUUAGCUUUCUACUAUCAUCUACAUAUUCCUUCUAGUUCUAACAUAUUCUCCUAAAUGAAAUUGUGAAGAAUUUACAAUCAAAUAUAAAAUAUUGAAGUCGCUACAUGGAUUUAAAGUUCCACGAUGGUUCUCGAUGACUUCUUCUGGUAUAUAGCCCAAUUACCUUAUCUUCUAUUUAUUAAAAAAUAUUUAUAUUGUUGUAUUUAAUUUUCAGUCUCAUUGAGAUUCGCAAAAUUAGAACUUAUAACAGGGAUCGUUAAAUAAUUGAUUUAAUACUUUACAUAUCACUAAAUGAUACUAAAGUUCCUUAGUAAACCAAAUUAACUUUGAUGUCAAAUGUAUUAAUUUACAUUGAGGAUUAUUAACAUUUAGCGUGGAAUGUACAUAAAAUAAUAUUUUCGGAUAUACAAGACCAUUUUUAGGUUUUAUCAUUUUAAACUUACUAGUAGUGCAGUUAACUAAAAUAAAAUAGACUUAGGCCAAAAUGACAACAGUAGGUUACAGAAAAUUAACGUAUUUUAACAUAAACUCAUAUAUAUACUGUAUUUUAAAUUAUUUAAAAAACGUAGCUUCCUGUAAUCUACUUGAUUAUUUCAUGAUCAUGCAGGACCGUACUUAUACAUGAGCGUAUAUACUAAAAACGUUUUUUUUUGUUCUAAAAUUUUGUCAUUGUGGUCAUGACGUAAUCUCAAAAUGAUUAGCACACAUUGUAUAGAUUCAGAUAUGUGUAAUUCUGACCAAAAGUUGGAUGGUAACAAUGUAAAACUUUUUAUAAGUGACUUAACUCGAAUCAUAAUAUAUUAUUAUAUCAUUAUUUAAAUAUAUUUGGUAUUUUAUUGAAAAAUAUAUGUGAAUAUUAUACUUCUUGUAAUUGGACAUUUUUUUUUUAUAAUUUUAUACAUGCAUCAAGUAAUAUUAAUAGACUCCAAAUAUUCAAAAGAGUUUUCCUACUUUUUUACACCUGGACAUGCAAAUGUAAUGGAAAGUGAAGGAGCCAAAAUGAGUUAUAUUAGAAAGGAUAUUUCGCAUCCUGCUGAUUAUUUUCUCCAUUUAUAAGUCCUAUAAAAUAUAACUAAUUGGAAUAGAGAAAAUAAUUUGUUUAAAAAAUACUCUUUUUGAAAUACAGUGCUAGUGAAUACAAAAUAAUCGCUGUGUUUACAAUCUCAAGCUCCAACGUAAUUGAAAAUAUAUUGUUUUAAAAUAGAGGAGCCAUAGCAGGGAUUUUGGGGUACACUCUAGCGUGUUAAAAUUAGGGAAGUUACUUUGCAGAGCAUUUCCACCAUGGAUAAGUCUUUGAUAAAGUAUAGAGUAUUAUAUAAGCUGUGUUGCCAACUCGGUCUUCAUUACAAUUUUUUUAUAUAUUUUUUAAAGAUUUCUCAGAUGAAGAUACAGUAGAACCUCUAUAAGUUGUCCACCUAAGAAACUAAGGUUUAUAUAAGUAUAUUAAAUUAGUAGCAUUAGAUUUAUACCUACAAAUUUAUAAUCAAAAAAAUUAGAUUCUUUUUAUCUCUCAUAGAAAAAAGAACUAAACAUUUUUUUUUCUUUUCAUCCUUUCCCGGCUAUUCCCAAAUUAUCAUUGGAUGUAAACAAUUAAUGGAGUACUACAAGAGAGGCAAGUUUUACUCGGAUAAGCGAAAUGACUGAUGAAGAAACUUCUGGAAGCCAGAUGGAGAACAAAUAAAAUUCAAGAAAACAUCAGUGAUCAAGUUACAGAGAUUAAGUGACAUUUCGGUCAACAUAGAGUGUGUGUGUGUGUGUGUGUGAAAGGAAAUGGCUUGGAAGCAAGUCCUUAAGCCACAUAAUUUGUGAAUGAUUCUACUAAAUAAUAAUUUCAAUAUCCUUGAUAAAAUUUACUAAUAGAUCUGAAGUAUUUCGGUUAUUUAUGCUUAAAAGCUGUGUGAUUGAGAUCAACACAAGAAUUAUCAUCGCAGGCACAGGCUAAAGAUUGUAUAAUACCCAGAUUGGCGAAUUUACCUUCAGUCUCUGAAGACGAUAACUUGGUUAUCGAAACGCGCGUCAGACAGGGUAAUUGUGAGUGUUGGGGUAGUGGUAGUGUAAAAAGUGUGUUCAGUAUGAAUAUCGCGAAUAACGGUUCCAGAAAUUCCAACUAAGUAUAUAUUAUUGUCUUGUCAGCAAACUCUGCUAGUAUGGAUUUCAACAAGAUUGAGGUAAAGCGACUAGAUUAGGUAUAAUUAGGAAUUAUGACUUUGUGGACUUCAAAUAUAGCUUUAUAAGGAAUGUUAUAUAUCGAUAAAAAUCUGUUCAACAUAAAAAUUUCUACAAAGGUUUGUGUAAAUAAAAAAUUUCGUAUCCAUGAAAUUUAGAAAAUCCUUCCAAAUAAUACUCAUAUUUUCGAAUAGUUUUGCUGCUAGAACAGUCUGUGUAGUAAUUUGAAAUGAUAGAGUAUUUGAAAAUGCCUAUUUUUUGCUUUUUUAGGACAUUCUAAACUAUAUGAUUUUAGACGCAUCUCUCACCGCCUAUAGGAGAAAAAUAAUAUUUCUUAUCAUCUAAACUUUGGCUUGACCCUUGUAUAAAUCCCAUUUUUCCUCUUCGGCUCCCAUACUAUCAUAUAAUACACAAAAAUUAAAGAAAGACAAAUCAAAACAGAUGAAUCAAAUAAGAAAAAUUACUAGUAUAAUGAGAAUAUUAUUAGGGAUAUGUAAUGUAUUGAUUAUAGUCAACAAAACAAUAGUUUGUAAAUAUCUGAGUACGGAAUUGGAAAAUAUGAGAAAUAAGGCAAAUGGAAAGCUUUAGUGUUGAAAGAACUGAAUACAAAAUAUGGAUAUACAUAAGCAAGGAAAAUGGUUGUAGAAAGUAAAAAACUGUAAAGUUCAAGAAGAUACUCGAUUAUACUAUUUAUUGUUAUAAAUUUAAAACAUGGUCAUAACUAAUUAAAUUAUCAGUAUUGGAAAUGAUUAAAAAACUGCUAAAAUUCGAGGUAAAGGUUAGAAUUUGUGAAAAUGUAAGAAGUGGGAAGGACUCAUAUUCGUAUAUCUAGAAGGACUUCAGAAUUAAUAAAGCAGAAUAAUUAUUAGAAAAUAAUAUAUUUUUUGUGAGUAGUAGUUACUAUAAAAAGUUUGUCAAUUGUUAAAAGAGGAUAAUAUAGAAAUCUUCAUAUUGAAUCGUGUUUAUAACAAUUAGUUACCAAUAACUUUUUUAUAUAAAUAUUUUGGUAUAUUUACAAGACAACUUUUUUACGUAUUUAAAUUCGUAUGUAUAAUCAACUUAUUUUUUUGUUUUAAUAUUAAUUAUUAGUUAGAUGGUUAAAUGUAUCAUAUCAGAUUUGUCUCCCAUAUACACAUCCAUUUUGUAUUAACCGUCUUUAUUCAAUACAUAACAAAGUAAA